AGGGAAAAUAAACUGUAUUGUGUAGGCACUACUUAAUAUCUCUUGAGUUGGUUUUUCAGUAAUGGGGUCGUUUGGUCAAAUACAUUCAAAUUGUGAGGUUGAAAAUUUAGUAAGUGAUGAUGAAGUGAGUUUUAAGAAAGAGGUCAAUAGAAGUGCCAUUGAGUGUGCAGUCAAAGAUCUGUUACUAGGUUUGGGGGAAGAUAUUAACAGGGAAGGCAUUAGAAAGACACCAUUUCGUGUUGCAAAGGCCUUUUUUGAAGGAACCAGAGGUUAUAGGCAAAAUGUGAAGGACAUUAUUGAAGGUGCAUUAUUCCCUGAAGAUGGCCUAGAUAAUAAUAAUAAAAUUGGUCAUGGAGGUGGAGUAGGUGGACUUGUGAUUGUGAGAGAUAUUGACCUCUACUCUUAUUGUGAGUCUUGCUUGUUACCAUUUCAAGUCAAGUGUCAUGUAGGUUAUAUCCCUUCUGGCCAAAGAGUUGUAGGCUUAAGCAAGCUUCCUAGGGUUGCCGAAGCAUUUGCAAAACGACUUCAAGAGCCUCAACGUUUAGCAGAUGAGAUAUGUUCUGCUUUGCAUCAAGGGAUAGAGCCAGAAGGUGUUGCUAUUGUACUACAAUGCACACAUAUCCCUUUUCCAUACAAAGAUAUCGAAUCAAACGAUAUAGGGUGGGUUAAGUUACUUGUUUCUUCAGGAUCUGGUGUUUAUGAGAACAAAAAUGCUGAAAUGUGGAGUGAUUUCUUUAGUCUUCUUAAGUUUAGAGGUAUUGACAAUGACAAAGUUCGUCUUAAAGGACCACUCGAUCAAUGUUGGUGUCCUUCUCUAUAUGCUGAAGUUUCAUCAAAGAUUAAAGCAAUUAGUACUCCUAUUAUGGUCAAUGCAGUAUCUUCAAUUGUUAAAUCUUUAGGAGAAGAUCCAACAAGGAAAGAGCUAGUAGAAACUCCUAGUAGAUUUUUGAAAUGGUUGAUGAACUUUCAAUGUGCUAGUAACAUUGAUAUAGAGAUGAAUGGUUACAUAUCUAAUACCAAUGGAAAGGUAAGGUUUGAUGACAAGGAAAUAUAUUCUGAAGUGAACUUGCCUUUUUGGUCACAAUGUGAGCAUCAUUUGCUUCCCUUUUACGGCGUUGUUCAUAUAGGAUACUUUCUUUCAAAAGGAUGCUAUCCAAUUGGAAAGUCCAUUUUACAAUCAAUAGUUCAUUUUUAUGGCUUCAAACUUCAAGUUCAAGAAAGGCUCACAAAGCAGAUUGCAGAAACCAUUUCACCAUUGGUAGGUGGAAAUGUGAUAGUGGUUGUUGAGGCAAGUCACACUUGUAUGAUCUCUAGGGGAAUUGAAAAGUUUGGAAGCAAUACUGCAACCAUUGCUGUUUUAGGACACUUUUCAACUAAUCUUGCUGCAAGGACCAAGUUUUUGGAGUAUUCCAAGUGCUACAUCUCUUGAAGGGCAGUGAUUAGUUUGAUCAAGUGCAACCAUAAAUAAAUCUAUUUCUAAUAAAAGUCUUCCUCAUAUGACAUGUGGUAGAAUUUCAAACGAUUUACUCCCUAAAUUUGUGCAAUGUUGCAAAAGAAUUGUAAUGGUUUCUUAUGAAGUUGUUCCAUUUUUAAUUAUUGAGUAAUAAUAAUGUUGUCUUUGAUAUGUUUGUUUGUA